GGAUGCGGGCAGCACACCCCGACCGCAGCAUCCCGACUCCGAUGGCUUCUCUUCGUCGCACCAUCGCACGCCGCCCUCGCCGCCGCCCUCGCCGCCGCCCUCGCCGCCGCCCAUCUCUCCGGGCGGUGCAGGAGCAGGACCAGCACGAGCAACGCCAGCGGCACAACCUCUCGCGUCACAAUCAAAUGUCCAGCGACGAGGAGAACAGCAUCAUGCCGCAGAACAGCAGCGCGGGCCAGGAUAUGCGCAUGAAGUUCCCCCAGUCGCAGAUCGAUCUCAUGUACUCCAAGUACGAGAGCAUGGCCAGCAACCUGAAGUACAACAGCCAGGAGCUCGACUCGCCGGCGGAGUAUCGCCAGAGCAGCAACAGCAAUGCGGCGAGUGCGGCGGCGGCUGCUGCCGUGGCGGCGAGUGCGGCCAACGAUCUGUCCGAUCUGCAGGGCCUGGACAUGAGCUCGAGAUCGAAUGCGUCGAGCAACUAUCACCACAACUUCCAGCUGCCAAGCAGUCGCUACCAUCACCACAUCUACGACAUUCUGUCGGACAGGGAGCAGAGCCAGCAGGCGCAGGCCCAGGCCCAGGCGCAGGCACAGCAGGCAACGGGUGCAUCGGUGGUGCACCAGCAGGAGCACGGACACGGCAGCCAGCUGGCCAUGCAGCAACACCAGUCGGCGGCGGCCAUGCACAACAUGCUGAGCGAGCAGCUGGGCGAGCAGGAGCACGACCAGACCACCUCCGUGGACCUGAGCCGCACGGCCAACUAUGUGGUGUCGUCGCCGCCACAGCUGCCCUACAACCAUCCGCAUCACGACAUGCUGCGAAUGGCCUCGCUGGACCUCACACCGAACACGGCCAACAUGGCCGUGGGCAACAAUCGGUCGUUCCUCUCCUCGCAGAUGCAGCACCAGAGCCGCGACAGUCUCGAGCAUCACCGCCUGCUCUCUACGGUGGAGCAGCAUCGAAUUCUGGCCGCCUCAAAUGCCGCCGACCAGCACCGCCUGCUGGUCGACCCCACCGCCCAUCUGCUGAUGGAACAGAACAAUCGCCUGCUGGGCACAGCAGACCAGUCCCGCCUCCUGGGCGAGUCGGCGGCGGCAGUGGCCCAGAAUCGGCACAUGGCCCGCAGCUUUGGGGCCUACCACCAGGUGGCAUCGAGCAACUACCAUCCGGGCGUACGACCGCCGCCUGUGCUGCCGUCGGCCAAUCAUCAUGCCUCGAAUCCGUCUAACUAUCACCCGUUCCCCGCCUACUACUAGAGGCGUGAGGGAGGGGACGGGUAAACUAUGACUAUAUCCUGGGGCCGUGACAAGAGUGCAAUACCUAGAAGGGAUCUGUAGGAGCGGAAGCGGAAGCGGGAGUGGGAGUGGGAGCUCCAUUUCACGUAGUUCAAUUUGAAGCGCAACAAUAACUUUAGUUCCUCCAUAUAUUCCAUAUUCUCCUCCGAAGAUCUCCAUGCCCAUCAUCCGUUCGAGCUCCGAUUUCAAAGCGUGCCAAUCUUUUUAAGUGUUUAGAUCUGUUUAGAAUUGUGUGUGUUUCCCAAAUCUGAUUUUAACACAC